UACAAAUUAAUAAUUUCACGUUAACUUAAACUUGAUAAGCACUUAAUUGAAUUGUAUUUACGUGCGCCAAUCGCAAUGCACUUCACGUGAUCAAAAUGGAUAAACUCUUUUUAAUAGUGUAUUUUACAUACAUCCUCACAGCGAAAGCAGAACCAUCACUUGGUUCUGGGUACGACCUCCUCAUAAUACCUUUGCCCAAAGUAAAGUAUCCACGAUCAGAUUCAGAUGGAUCACGAAUACCAAUCAUAACAAAUAAAAGAGUUUAUAGAAAUGAUAAGCUGUAUAAAUUAGAUAUAGAACAUUAUGAUGAACCAACUGAGCUUCCUGAUAUAGAUAAUUUUGAUUAUAACAAAGAAAGAGAUGGAUAUAUAUUUGGGGAUAGGAGAGAUACAUCCAUGGGAGCAUAUGAUGAGAGUGAAGACAACCAAAGUCUCAAUGGUGAAGAUAAAAUAGUUGGAGGUACUGAAGUUGAUAUUAGCUUAUAUCCGUAUCAUGUUGCAUAUGGAACAAAUUGUGGUGGUGCUAUUAUUGAUAAAAAAUGGGUCUUAACAGCAGGACACUGUGGUAAGAAACCGUAUAUAAGAGUUGGUUCAAAAUACCUAAAUCAGGGCAAGAAAGUUCCUGUUAUGAGAAACUUUAUCCAUCCAAUGUGGAGCCAUAAAUCUAAGGAACAUCCAUUUGAUUUUGAUUUUCAGUUAUUAGAACUUGGUGAACCAUUAAAGUUUGAUGAUCAUGUUCAGCCAAUAAAGAUAGCGCAUAUAGAAGACAUGAUAGUUGGUAAAGUAAUAACUGUUACUGGUUGGGGAAAUACUGAGGAAAAUGGCCCUUAUUCUAAUGUCUUGAGAGCUGUCCGAGUUCCAAUUAUAUCAAAAGACAAUUGUCAGCAUGUACCAUUUCCGUACUUUAGAGGAUCGUUGACUGCAAGAAUGUUUUGUGCUGGUUUUUCUGAAGGAAAAAAAGAUGCUUGUCAGGGCGAUUCUGGAGGUCCAGCAGUCAAUAACGAUCGUCUUUUGGGAAUGGUUUCUUUCGGGUAUGGUUGUGCAACACCUGGUUCUUUUGGUGUUUACAGUAAGGUUGCCAAAGUUAGACCAUGGAUACAAGAAGUUACACAUCUACAAUUUGAUUAAACCAUUUCUAAAUUUGUC